AUGGAAUUCGUAAUUGGUGGUAUAAAAUGUAUUGUUUACGGAUUAGACCAUCUUUCCUUAGAUUCCAUUAAAAGAGACGUUGUCGUUGUUUUCUUGCUCCACGGCAGAGGUGAGACCCAGUGCGGUGAUCGAUAUUCAUCGAUUGCGUCCAAGUGUCUAACAGCUUCUCGUCAAUCUGAAUUACGCAAAAGAGAUUUAAUAGUCGUCUCCUUUGACCAGCGUAAUCACGGUUCUAGGCUUAUCAAUGACUUACACAAUCAAGGCUGGCCAGAUAACCAAAAUCACUUUAUUGAUAUGUUCUCGAUUCAACAAGGUACAUCUAGAGACGUCAGCUACCUUAUAGACUAUAUCCCUUCCUUUUUAUUCCCUCAUGAUCAACAUAACAUCGUUGACUACGGUUGUAUUGGUGUUAGUCUGGGCGGUCAUGCUACCUGGAUGUCCUUGCACCAGGAUGAAAGAAUCACCGUCGGUGUUCCUAUCAUAGCCUGUGCUGAUUACCUCUCUUUAAUGAAAGAGAGAGCUGAUAGUAGGAACAUCAACAUCAACCCAUCAAUUGCUUUCACAGGGCAACUCAACAGAUACGACCCUAUGCUGUCUCUCGCGCACUCAAAGGAUGCAUGGAAGGGUAAGAAAAUAAUGGCUUUGAGUGGUGGUAGCGACAAGCUUGUUGCACCAAAGCACCAAUUAGAAUUCAUUAGGCAGCUAGAUGAUUUGUACGCACAGGACAGCAAAUCAGUUGUCAUGUUCAAGUCGCUGCAAGAAGUGAAGCAUCAAAUGCUCUGA